AUGAGCCUCGAGCCGUCAGUCCACUUCCGCAAUAUAUCCCCGAUCGCAGUUCGCUCUUGUCUAGCACCUGAGACAAUGCCGGAAACCAUCAAUAUCGACGCGUUCGUUGUCGGCGCCGGCGUGGGAGGAAUUUACUCCACGUACCGCCUGUCGCGUAUGGGGCUGUCCGUCAAAUGUGUGGACGUUGCCAGCCACGUUGGUGGCACCUGGUAUUGGAAUCGAUAUCCGGGUGCCAUGAGCGACACCGAAAGCUACCUUUACCGAUAUUCAUGGGACAAGGAAGAUUUGCAAACCUACCCCUGGACUCACCACUAUGUCUACCAACCGGAGAUUCUGAAGUACCUCCAACACAUCGUCGAGAAACAUGAUCUCCGGAAGUACAUGAAGUUCGAGACCGAAAUGACAUCGGCAACAUGGAAUGAGAGCACUCAGAGAUGGAUGGUGACCUGCUCCGGCUCUGAAGAGUUGAAGGUUAGCGCUCGCUAUUUGGUCAACUCUCUUGGAUUGCUCUCCAAAGUCCAUUACCCCGAUAUCUGUGGUCUUUCGUCUUUCGCCGGAGACUUGAUCCAUACAGCACGAUGGCCGGAAGACUUGGACCUUAAAGGAAAGAAGGUCGGCAUUAUUGGGAACGGAUCUACAGGGACACAAGUUAUGACAGCAAUUGCUCCGAUCGUUGGCAGUCUGACGUCCUUCCAACGCCACCCUCAAUACUCAGUUCCGAGUGGCCAGCGCCCCGUCACAAAAGAAUAUCGUGACAAGGUCAAUGCUAAUUACCAACAAAUUUGGGAUGAUGUCUGGUCAUCGGUUGUUGGGUUUGGCGUGCCUGAGUCCAAACGCAAUACCAUGGAUGCUAGCCCUGAGGAGCGGCAGAAAGCUUUCCAGGAGGUCUGGGAGCAAGGUAAUGGCUUCCGCUUCAUGUUCAGCGCUUUUGGGGACAUUACCACCAACAAGGAUGCCAACGAAGAGGCGUGCAACUUUAUCCGUGGAAAAAUUGAUGAAAUGGUGAAAGAUCCCCGCAAGGCAGCAAUCCUGAAGCCAAAAGACCUAUACGCCCGCCGACCACUCUGUGACACCGGCUACUAUGAGAUUUUCAAUCGUGAGAAUGUUGACGUGAUCGAUCUCAAGGAAUCACCGAUUGACAAGAUCAUUCCGGAAGGUAUUCAGACAGCUGAUGGAACAACCCAUCAUCUCGACGCGCUAAUUUUUGCUACCGGGUUUGACGCUAUUGAAGGCAACUACAUGCGCGUCAAGAUCACAGGACGGAACGGAAAGACGAUCCAAGAGCAUUGGAAGAACGGCCCUAAGGCUUUCGGUAGUAUCGCCUGCGCAGGUUUCCCCAAUAUGUUCAUUGUUGCCGGUCCUCAAGGUCCAUUCGCCAAUUUCCCACCUGUCAUUGAAAGUGAAAUCAAUUUCAUCAUGUCAUGCAUUGAAUACGCCGAAGAAAAUAUUGCCGUGGCUCAGAUGGAAAAACCAAAUGGUGUCGUCAAUGGCACUGCAAAUGGUGGCUUGAAGACGACAAGUGGGGCUUACACGAGUGAAGGGAAGCCAAGGAUUAUGGAGGUAUCCGAUAAAGCUGAAACAACAUGGAUCGAUUUGUGCAAUCGACUGGUUGAAGGGUCAUUGUUCACUUCGACGGCAAGCUGGAUCUUUGGUCAGAAUAUUCCCGGCCGGAAACCAAAUACGAACUUCUACUUUGGGGGUCUCAACAGCUACUUGGACUGGGUGAAAUUCCAAACUUCCAAUGGUUUCCCUGGUUUUCUUAGAUACAAUUCCUAG